AUGCCCUUAAUAAAAUCAUUAAAAAUUAGUUUACUUAAACCUUCAAGAAUUGUCGAACUUUCUUUCGGAAAAAUUACCAGCCACAAAGUAAUUAAUAAUCGCACUCUUAAGCCGGAGCCAGGUGGUCUUCUCGAUCCCCGUAUAUUCGGUCCUUUUUUGAACUACGAAUGUUAUUGUGGUAAAUAUAAAGGAAAAGAAAAUAAAGGACAAAAAUGUGAACGUUGCGAAGUGCUGAUUGGGGAAAAAAAUCUCCAAAGAUGGCGGCCCGGACACAUUGAAUUGCCGGUGCCAGUAACCAAUAUUGCUGUUUUCAAAAUUCUGGCCACUAAUUUGAGUAAAUUAUUAGGCAUUUCUGCUAAAAAAUUAGAAGAUAUUAUUUAUUUUAAUGCUUAUGUAAUUAUUGAUAAUAAUUUAAUCAGUUCGUUGAAAAAGGAAAAAAUUUUAGAAAAAAAGUUCAAUCAAUCUCAAAUUGACAGCAUUCUGCAAGAAAUCAUUCAAGAGAAAAAGUUGGCAGAAAAUAUUCUGGAAAAAGCCGAGCAAUUACAGAAAAAAAUUGCUGCCAAUAAAAAUAAAAAAGAAGAAACUACCGAUACCAUUUUUUCAGAAGACUAUUUAGAUUUCUUAGAAAAACAUUGCGGAGUGAAAAUUAGCACUGGAACUGAGGCUUUGCAAGAAUUAUUGACGGGAAUUAAUGUAGAAGCAGAAUUAGCUAAGGAAAAGAAAAUCGCAAAAGAAAUGCCCCAAAAAGUUAACCGGGAAAAAUUAAAAUUUCUACAAGAGGAGGACGUCAUUGCUACUAAUCAGCAUAACAAUUUGAUAUAUCGCAUAAUUUUACGGUGUGAAAGAUUAAAUUAUUAUUUAGGAUUAAAAGAUUCGGGAAUUCUCUUUCGUGACAUUCUCCACAAUGAAAAAAGAGGAUUGCAAAAAGCCAUUGACCAGAUGAUAUACGGGUCAGCUUACAAACAAAGCGGAGUCAAAAGUUUAUUACAAAGUUUAAGUGGUAAAGAAGGCAUACUUCGACGUUAUUCACUGGGAAAAAGAGUGGACUAUUCAGCCCGGUCGGUAAUUGUCCCCAAUCCUAACUUAUUGCUCGAUCAAAUAGGAUUGCCGGUCAAAAUGGCUUUGACCCUUUGCAAACCCUUCCUUAUCCGCCGAAUAUUGAAAGAAAAAUUAACUUUCACCAUCAAAGAAGCCGAGCAAAUGUUGCAAAAGGAAGCCCCAAUUAUUUUUUCUCUGCUAACAGAGAUAAUUCAGGAGCAUUUGGUUAUAGUUAACCGUGCCCCCAGUUUGCACGGACCAAGUGUGCAAGCAACUCGCAUCGUGCUGACUUUGGGACAUUCAAUUGAACUUCACCCACUAAUAACUACAGCUCUAAAUGCCGACUUUGAUGGAGACCAAGUAGCUAUCUAUUUGAUUCUAACCGAAAAGGCACGCAAAGAGGCCGAGGAACUUUUUCUUUCCUCUCAUCUCAUUAUUGACCGAAAAAACGGUCAAUUGAUAACCAUCCCCAGCCAAGACAUGAUUUUGGGUAUUUAUUAUCUAACCAAGGAGGCAAAAAGAAAAAAACCAAUUUUUUUCAACGAAAUAAGCAACAUUUACAAAAGCCAGGGAAAAGGAAAAAUAAGCCUCCACGACUUAAUUAUUAUUCCCGCCCCUCUUGUUGGACGCCAAUUGGCCACAUCCCAGAAUCAAUUCCUCUUUACUACUUUGGGAAAAAUAAUUUUUAAUCGGAUUUUGCCACCUAGUUUUCCCUACUAUAUUAAUGACUUAAAAGCCUAUAAUGAAGAAAACAAUCAAGAGGAAUUAAUUACUUUUCUGAAUAAAUUGGCCUUAAUGACUCCGCGUUCAGAAAUGGUGGAAUUUCUCGACCACCUAAAAAAAGCCGGUUUUGAUUAUUCUACUCGUUCGGGAAUCAGUAUUUCUCCUUUUGAAUUAGAGAAUAUUGUUCCUGACAAAGAAAAAAUCUUAGCAGCAGCAGAAAAAAAAUUGGUUCAAAUUGCCGAGCAUUUUACUCAAGAAGAAUGCAAAGAGAAAUUGAAAGAGAAGUUGGUAGCAAAUCUAGCCAAGAGAAAACAGACCUCUUUUUACCAUAUUUGGGAUUCGGGAGCUCGGGCUAGUGAUGAAAGCCUUACCCAAAUCGCCGGUAUGCGGGGUAAUAUUACUGACUACUCAGGAGAAGUAAAAGAAACGGCGAUCACUUCUUCCUUAUGGGAAGGGUUAACGCCUUUUGAAUUUUUCAUUUCCGACUUCGGAGCUACCAAAGGGAUGAUUGAUACUGCCUUGAAAACGGCCGAAGCGGGCUAUUUAACCCGCCGUUUGGUGGAAUCGGCCCAAAGUUUAAUUAUUCUUGCUCCCGAUUGCGGAACCAAUUCUAUUAUGUCCUUGACCGAAAACGAUCUGCCUCUUAAAAAAAGAAUUUAUGGUCGCUAUUUAGCCCAAGACGUUUCGGACAAAAAAGGGAAGGUUAUUUUAAUGCGCAAUACUCUUUUACUAGAAAAAGAAAUCAAGACGCUUCAAAUCCAUAAAGUUAUGGAAGUGGGAGUUUUUUCUCCACUUACUUGUCAAUUAGUAGACGGAAUUUGCCAGAAAUGUUAUGGAUUAGAUUUAGGCCGGCCUGGUGAGCCUGUAUCCCUGGGAACAGCUGUCGGAAUAAUCGCGGCUCAAUCAUUAGGAGAACCUGGAACUCAGUUAACUAUGCGAACUUUCCAUAGCGGGGGAGUAAGUGGUGAUGAAGACAUUACCCAAGGUUUACCAAAAGUCAAGCAGAUACUUGACAAUAUUAAGCCCAAAAAAGACGAAAAAACUAUUUUAGCAGAACUCUCUGGAGAAAUAAUAAGCAUAGAGGAAAAAAAAAUCAGGCAAAAAAACGAAGAAGGUGGGGAAACUAAAACCUAUUCUCUCGGAAAGGAAAUAACUGCCCGAGUUAAGCCCGGAGAUUUCGUAAAAAAAGGAGAAAGGCUGACCGGUGGCAAGAUAGAUUUAGAAGAAUAUUUAGAAAUUAUGGGACGAGAAAAAUGUCAAGAAUACAUUAGAGAAGGUGUGCGAAAAGUCUACGAUCACCAGGGCAUAGACAUCAAUGAAAAGCACAUUGAAAUAUUUGCUCGGCAAAUGCUCUCCAAGGUUAAAAUAAUUGAUAGUGGUGAUAGCGAUUAUCUGGUGGGGGAUUUGGUAAAUUGCCAGCAAUUAGCCAAGGUCAACCAGGAAUUAUUAUCCCAACAAAAAAAACCUGUAAUCUAUAAAAAUAUCAUUUUAAGUUUGAAAGAUUUAGCCUCUCAGCCGGACUCUUUCUUGGCCGGAAUUUCCUUCCAAAAUGCCUUAAAAAGUUUGGUUAAUUAUUGCUUAUAUCAGCCGGUUGAUGACUUGAAAGGGUGCAAAGAAAAUUUAAUUGCAGGCCAACUAGCCCCCGUGGGGACAGGAUUCAAAGAGCGAGAGAAAUUUCAACGAAGCAAAGAUAAAGGCACAAAAAAAUAA